AUGGGAGACAAGAGUGCCUACAUGGGACCGUACAGCGGCGGCGGUGGGUCCAGCGGUGGCGGCGGUGGAAGCUACGUGCGCGAGGAGUACGCCUUUGGAGGAAGCAGCGGUGGCAGCAGCGGAGGCAGCAGUGGUGGUGGCGGCGGCGGCGGUGGAUCCAGUGCCCCUCAACAACGUUCCGAUGUGUCGUGCUACUUGGGCCCCAAGUGA